CAGAGUUCAAAAAACCAAGGCACCAGACUCAUUCUGUCCCAAGUCCUCUCCACACCAUGAGGGGGAAUCAACUGCCAUUGUUCAUCUUGAUUCUACUUUUUAUUCUCCUUCCCAGAGAUGCUUCAGCUACUGCAAAACCGCAAUACAUAGUGUUGGUCCCAUCAGAAUUGUAUGCUGGUGUUCCUGAAAAAGCCUGUGUUAUUCUUAAUUACCUGAAUGAGACAAUGACAUUGAACAUGACUCUGGAGUAUGGAACGAAGAGAAACCUCCUUACGGAUGUAGUGACCCAGAGGAACUCCUUUUACUGCAGUCCCUUCAUUAUUUCAGUGCUGCCGUUUCCCUUUGCCUUAGUCACAGUGGAGGUAAAGGGGCCGACCCAGCAUUUCAUAAAGAGGAAGCUAGUGCCCAUAACACAAGCGGAGAACAUAGUCUUUGUCCAAACAGACAAGCCCAUCUACAAACCAGCACAAACAGUGAGAUUCCGCAUCGUCUCUGUGGAUGUCAACUUUCACCCUUUGAAUGCAACGUUCCCUAUUGUUUAUAUCGAGAAUCCCAAGAAGAACCGAAUUUUCCAGUGGGAAAGCCUCAAACUGCAAGGGGGACUCACCCAACUCUCUUUCCCACUGUCGGUGGAGCCCAUUCUGGGUCACUACAAGAUCAUGGUAACGCCACAGUCAGGAAAAAGAAUAGAGCACUCCUUUGAAGUUAAGGAAUAUGUUUUGCCCAAAUUUGAGGUCCAAGUAAAAAUGCCCAAGAUUAUUGGUUUUCUAGAUGAAGAAUUUGUGGUGACUGCCUGUGGCUCAUACACGUAUGGAAAGCCUGUCCCUGGUCUGGUGACAAUUAACGUAUGCAGACAAUAUUUACAGUAUGGCUCCAUGUGUCAUAACAAAUAUCCACAAAGCAUUUGUGAAGAAUUCAGUCAACAGGCAGACAAUAAAGGAUGUUUCACAAAAGUCGUAAAGACUAAAGUAUUUCAGCUGAGACAAAAACGGUAUGACAUGAACAUACAAGUGGAAGCCAAGGUCAGAGAGGAGGGAACAGGGUUGGAAUUGACUGGCUAUGGAUCAAGUGAAAUCACAAAUACCUUAAGCAAACUGAAAUUUACUAAAGUAAAAUCACAUUAUAGACAUGGAAUACCUUUUUUGGGGCAGGUUCUUCUGGUUGAUGAAAAGGAGCAACCAAUUCCUAAUAAAACCGUAUUUGUCAGUGUGGACGCACAUACACACCAGACCAAUUUCACUACUAAUGAGCGUGGUUUGGCAGACAUUUCCAUUGAUACCACCAGCUUCAUAACUUCUACCAUUUCUGUUACGGUCACCUACAAAUGGAAUAACUACUGUUUUGAUAGCUGGUGGCUUGAGGAGCUUCAUACACCAGCACAGCAUGUUGCAGCUCCUAUUUUUUCCCCCAGCAAGAGUUAUGUUCAACUUGACCUUGUUGGUACUGUGGCCUGUGGACAAACCCAGGAGAUUCGGGCACACUACAUCUUGAAUGGACAGAUUCUGAAGGAUGAAAAAGAGUUAACUUUCUAUUAUUUGAUCAAAGCAAGAGGAAUUAUCUCUAAAUCAGGAAUCCAUGUGUUGUCCAUUACACAAGGCAACAUGGCUGGGGUGUUCUCCUUCUCCUUCCUUGUGGAGCCGGACAUUGCGCCCACUGCCCACUUGGUCGUUUAUGCUGUUUUACCUGAUGGAGAGAUUGUUGCAGACACUGAGAAACUGGAGAUUGAAGACUGUUUUGCCAACAAGGUGCGUUUGAGUUUCCUCCCAGCCCAGAGCCUGCCAGCCUCGGACGCGCACCUGAGGGUCACAGCCUCUCCUCUCUCGCUCUGCGCCCUCCGAGCGGUAGACCAGAGCGUGCUCCUGAUGAAGCCGGAAACCGCGCUCUCACCCCGAUCUAUCUACACAUUGCUACCAGUAAAGUCUGCGCUCAGUGUUGGAUCUGGAGACUCAGAGGGUGAAGAUGGAGAAAGAUGUGUCAGUGCAGAAGACAUCAUUCACAACGGGCUCAUUUACAUGCCAAAGCAAAUCCUCAAUGCCGCCGAUGUUGACAGUAUCUUCAAGUCUGUAGGAUUAAGUAUUUUUACCAACUCAAAAAUCCAUAAACCGAAGUUUUGCUCAAUGCCUCAUCCAUUUCCAGGAAUAUCUGGGGCCUACGGUGCAGGUCCCCAAGGGUUAGCUGGGUCUGUAGCACAUAAUGCUAGAGGCCCUUUUCCCAUGGCAGCACCUCUUGCUGUUUCUUCGGCACCUGGUGCUGCAGGAAUGAUUUACCCAACGAUGAGAGAAAGUCUUCAGACCAUGGAAGUGAAAGAGACACUCCGGAAGUAUUUCCCUGAGACCUGGAUCUGGGACUUGGUGGUACUUGAUUUGUCAGGCGGAAGUGAGUUGGCAGUGAAGGUCCCCGACACCAUCACAGAGUGGAAGGCGAAUGCGUUCUGCUUGUCUGAAACCACAGGGCUUGGCCUGUCCCCCAUUGUCUCUCUUAACGUCUUCCAGCCCUUCUUCCUAGAUCUCACGCUCCCUUACUCUGUGGUGCGAGGAGAAGCUUUCACACUCAAAGCCACUGUGUUCAACUACUUGUCCAACUGCAUUCGGGUCCAGGUGCAGCUGGAGGCCUCCUCUGCUUUCCUGGCUGUCCCAACAGAGAAGAAUGAGGAAUCCCAUUGUGUCUGUGGAAACAAGCAGAAAACCUUGUCCUGGGCUGUGACUCCAAAAUCUCUGGGAAAGGUGAAUUUCACAGCUAGUGCAGAAGCACUACACCCUCAGGAUCUGUGUGACAAUGAGGUGGCGGAGGUCCCUGCGCUUGGACAGAAGGAUACUGUAGUGAAGACCUUAAUAGUUGAGCCUGAAGGAAUAGAAAAGGAGGAAACUUUCAACACACUGUUGUGUGCAUCAGAUGCUGGAGUGACUGAAAAAGUAUCUCUGAAAGUUCCUUCAAAUGUGGUUGAAGGUUCUGCCAGGGCCACAUGUUCAGUUUUGGGUGAUAUACUAGGCUCUGCAAUGCAAAACCUAGAGAAUCUUCUCCAGAUUCCCUAUGGUUGUGGAGAGCAGAAUAUGGUCCUCUUUGUCCCUAACAUCUAUGUUCUGAAUUAUCUGAAUGAGACGCGGCAACUGACAGAGAAGAUUAAGUCCAAAGCCAUCAGCCACCUCAUCAGUGGGUACCAAAGACAGUUGAACUACAAGCACAGCGAUGGUUCAUAUAGCACAUUUGGGGAUCAAGACGGUAGAAGUCAGGGAAACACUUGGCUCACUGCGUUUGUGCUCAAGUCCUUUGCUCAAGCACAGUCACACAUCUUCGUGGAGAAGUUACACAUUAUGAGUGCCCUCGCCUGGCUCUCACGGAAACAAAAGGAAAAUGGUUGCUUCCAGCGCUCUGGAUCGCUGCUAAACAAUGCUAUUAAGGGUGGGGUAGACGAUGAGGUGACACUCUCUGCCUACAUCACAAUUGCCCUUCUGGAGAUACCCCUGCCUGUCACUCACACAAUUGUCCGCAAUGCUCUGUUCUGCUUGGAAAUGGCCUGGGGCCCCAUUUCAGAGGGCCAAGGGAAUCCUGUCUAUACCAAGGCGUUAUUGGCCUACGCCUUUGCCCUGGCAGGAAACCAGGCCUUGAGAAGUGAGCUGCUCAGAUCACUAGACAGAGUGGCUGUGAAAGAUGAGGAUUCAAUCCACUGGCAACGUCCUGAGAUUCAACUUCAAGAAGAUAAGAUGCUCUAUUAUCAACCACGAGCUCCGUCUGCGGAAGUGGAGAUGACAAGUUAUGUGCUCCUUGCUUAUCUAACUGUCCAGCCUACCCCAUCUUCAAAGGACCUAUCUGUGGCAUCACGCAUUGUGAAAUGGAUCAUCAAGCAACAAAACCCUCAUGGAGGCUUCUCUUCUACCCAAGAUACAGUGGUAGCUCUCCAAGCCCUCUCCAAAUAUGGAGCAGUGACUUUCACUAAAAAUGAGAAAGCAGCUGCAGUUACUAUCAAAUCUUCAAAGACUUUCUCUGAACAAUUCCAAGUACAUGAUGCCAAUCGCCUGCUACUGCAGGAAGUUGUGUUGCCAGAGAUACCUGGGAAUUACAGCACAACAGUUUCAGGAGCAGGAUGUGUAUACCUCCAGACAUCCCUGAGAUACAAUAUCCUCCCCAAGAAAGAAGGGAAUGUGCCCUUCACUUUGCACGUUGCUACUGUCCCCAAGAAUUGUGAUGGAGCUGAUGCUCACAGGACAUUCCAGAUUCACAUCAACAUUAGUUAUACUGGGAAACGACCCACAUCUAAUAUGGUCAUUGUUGAUGUGAAGAUGGUAUCAGGCUUCAUACCUGUGAAAACAUCAGUGAAAAAGCUCCAAGAACAGCCUCAUAUUCAGAGGACUGAAGUGAGCACCAACCAUGUCCUAAUUUACUUUGAAGAGCUAACUAAUAAAACCCUGAGUUUCUCCUUCUUGGUGGAGCAAGACAUCCAAAUAGAGAAUUUAAAACCAGCUACAGUAAAAGCCUACGAUUAUUAUGAGACAGAUGAAUUCACCAUUGAAGAAUACAAUGCCCCCUGCAGUGCUGAAUCUGAACAAGGGAAUGCUUGAAAAUGCAAAUUUAUAGACUUCAUCAGUUGAACUUCUCCAGGAAAAAAGAACAAAGAUCCAAACAACAAAGAGAGAGGAUAGAGAGAGAAAGAAGGGAAGAGAAUUCAUGAAAUUUGUAUGUUGAAUAAAUGUGCAGCAUUUACAACUCUG